CCAUCAUCCAUCGCCAUCCUUGCCAUCCUCAUCCUCAACUACUCGACUUGAUUGAUUUACCCUACUCGAAACACACCUGAAGACAUGCCCGCUCAAGGAAAGAACCGUAUCAUCCUCGGUCUGAUGACCUUUGGUCCGGAUCAUGAUACCGGAGCCCGAAUCACCGACUUGGAACAGUACAAAUCAUGCCUCGACGUCUUCCAGAAGGCGGGUUACGACGAGGUCGAUACCGCCCGGGUCUACGUCGGAGGGAAACAGGAAGGUUUCACCGCCCAGGCCGGGUGGAAGGAGCGGGGGUUGACCAUCGCUACCAAGUGGUACCCCAACGAUCUGGGAGCGCACAAGCCAGAGACAUUGAAGGCCAAAGUGGAAGAGUCUUUGAAGGCGCUCGAGACGGACAGCGUGGACAUUUUCUACUUGCACGCCGCCGAUCGAGGUACCCCUUUCCAAGAGACCUUGAAGGCCAUUGACGAGAUGCACAAGCAGGGCAAGUUCAAGACGUUUGCCAUCUCCAACUUUACAUCCGCCGAGGUCGCAGAGGUAUGCUUGACUUGCAAGUAUAACGGUUGGGUGCGACCGACCUUGUACCAAGGAAUGUACAAUGCGAUCACCAGGAUGGCGGAAUCCGAAUUGAUCCCCACGUUGAGGAGGUUCGGAUUGGAUUACGUUGUCUACAACCCGAUCGCCGGAGGUGUGUUGAGCGGCAAGAUCAAGUCGGGCGAGGUCCCCAAGGAGGGCAGAUUCUCCGACACUGCCAAGAGCGGUGCGAUGUACAGACAACGAUACUUCAAGGACGCCACUUUCGAUGCGCUCAAGAUUAUCGAACCCGUCGUCGAAAAGCACAACCUCACGCUCAUCGAGGUCGCCUUCCGCUGGCUCGUGCACCACUCGCAGCUCAAGCUCGCCAACAAGGGUGGCAACGAUGGAAUCCUCAUCGGUGUUUCCAGCCAGGAGCAGUUGGAGAACAACCUCGAACACUUGGAAAAGGGACCUCUGCCAGAGGAGGUGUGUAAGGCUCUGGACGAGGCGUGGAAGGUCAUCGGGGGGACCGCGCCGAAUUAUUAUCACUUGAAGAAUGAGUAUGCGUAUGAUACGAUCGAGGCUUUGUACGGGGAGGGUGCGCUGUAGACGACAACAGUAGUGAUUGAAUCAAAGAUUGUAUCGACUCAAAAGGCUAGCAAGGAAGACAAAAGCAAUAUGAACGUGG